ACCAAUGCUCUUUCCGAGCUCGAUUAUCUGCAUAAAAAAAAUGCUAAACUAAAACAUCAAGUUAUCGUCUUAAAUAAAAGGAUGAGAAACUUAAAAAAAAAUAACUCAAAACAAAAACAAUUAAACAGGCCGUCUGAAAAUUAUGAACGACUCCGUCGCCGUAUUUAUUCCAACACAAAAGAGUUUUGGAAUUACAUCAGUUUUGAACUACGAUCGUUAAUGAUAUCAAUGAAAAAUAAAGUUCCGUUUAUAAUUUAUAUGGAAAAAACUAUUAACAGAUAUUAUAGAUCAUUAUUGAAUGAUAUCGCCAAACUUGCAGUGGUUGAUGGUUACUCACAGUGGAGACGAAAAGAAUACAUCUAUCUGAGUACUUUAGUCAACAAAAGAAUAAAAAUUUUACAAAAUCCACAAGAUUGCUCCAAAGUGAAAAAACUCGCGUGCAACUUAAUCUCAGACUGUCUGUCGUGUGGCUAUAGUUGUCGCUUACACCAUCUCGUCAAUUGUAUGGUUGUAGCAUACGCUACCAAGAGAACAUUGAUCCUAAACAAUCCCCACAAUUGGGGAUUCACUAGUGGUGGAUUCACAGCGCUGUUUUUUCCACUAAGCAAUACAUGUACAUCGUUAAGCAAGAACGAAACAGUUCUAUCUUGGCCAGGUAACGAUAGUAUUCAAGUGGUAAAUCUCAGUCUUCCCAUCAUAGCGUCCGGAGACUUAAAUCGUAAGUGGAAGCCGCAACCAACGCCGUUCAAUCCGCUAGUAUUACCCGAAGACUUGAGCCAAAGAUUAAAUGCCUUGCACGGCGACCCUGCCGUCUGGUGGAUAGGACAAUUCGUCAAUUAUUUAACUCGGCCAAAAAUGUCAACUAUCGACGUUUUUGAAUAUUACGAAGACUUUUUCAAAUUCGCCGGACCAGUCGUCGGUGUGCACAUCACACGAACCAAAAAAAUUAAAUCAUUUCAUAAGCUAGAAGAAUACAUGUACCACGUCGAAGAGUAUUACAAACUACAAGAACUAAAUAACAUAAUAAUAAACUCCAAAACAAUAUAUUUAGCUACAGACGACCCAACGUUAUUUAAAGAAGUCUAUUUUAGAUAUACUGAAUACAAAAUACUUGGUGAUGCAGAUUUAUCAAAAACUGAGUCCGUGAAAAGCCGAGAGUUGGACAAUUCCAUUAUCAAUAUCAAUAUCAACAUCCAUUUUUUAUCUCGGUAUGACUAUUUAGUUUGCACUUUUUCAUCCCAUAUUUGCCGAUUAGCUUAUGAAAAAAUGAAUGGUCCCAAAUUUGAAGAUGUAUCAGCUCAGUUUACCUCGUUAGAUGAUUUAUAUUAUUUUAGUAACCAAGUUCGUAGAUUGAAUAUUGCUGUAUUACCUCAUAAAGCAAACAAACCGAAAGAGAUGGAUCUACAAGUGGGUGACGAAAUCGAAUUCGCUGAAAAUCUAUGGAAUGGUUAUUCAAAGGGAACAAAUUUUAGAACAAACAAAUCUCUUUUGUAUCCUACUUUUAAAGUAACCCGAAAAAUCGAAGUUAUGUCUUUUGCCAGUUAUCCUGAUAUGAAAAUAGACGCUGAAGAAUUAGAAAAAUAA